AUGUUGCUGUUUGUAAAGGACAUUGUGAUACUGAUUCAACUUGCAAAAAUUUGGCUGGCGACAUCGAGCGCGGGUCGUGAGCACGAUCUUGACGCAAUUUCGCUGGAUAGUUGCGCCAGCGCGUUUGGCUCUGUGCGGAGUAGAAUUGCAAUCCCUAUGGCUUCUACAUCUGUAGCGUCCGAAUUUUAUACAGUUGAUAUUAAUGAUACAAGAUUUUGCAUUCUAAAACGCUAUCGGGACCUACGAGUGAUUGGCUCGGGAGCCCAAGGAGUUGUUUGUUCCGCAUACGAUACAAUUCGUAAGCAAAAUGUGGCAAUAAAACGUCUUAGUAGACCGUUUCUGAACGUGACCCACGCGAAAAGAGCUUAUAGAGAGUUUAAAAUCAUGAACCUCGUGCGACAUAAAAAUAUCAUUGGGUUGUUGGAUGCGUUUACUCCUCAGAAGAGGCUCGAUGAAUUCCUUGAUUUGUAUAUUGUUAUGGAACUCAUGGAAGCCAAUUUCUGUAGCGUCAUUCAAAUGGAUCUCGACCAUGAACGCUUAUCAUAUCUGCUGUACCAGAUGUUGUGCGCUGAUCUCAAACCAAGUAACAUAGUGGUGAACUCUCUGUGUAUUUUGAAAAUAUUGGAUUUUGGUUUGGCUAGAAGCACUGUUGAUUCGUUCCAGAUGACACCUUACGUUGUAACCCGCUAUUAUCGUGCUCCUGAAGUCAUACUUGGCAUGGCGUAUAAGGAGAACGUUGACAUAUGGUCGAUUGGGUGCAUUUUCGCGGAACUGGUUAAGAAAACUGUUCUGUUUCCUGGUACAGACCACAUAGACCAAUGGACACGAAUUGUAACUUUGCUAGGAACGCCAAGUCGUGAAUUUACUUCUCGCUUACAAAGUGGGGUUCGCUCAUACGUUGAAAGCCGACAAAUAUAUGAACCGAUGCCGUUCGAGAAUUUGUUUAGUGAUCUCAUGUUCCCGCCGGCAUCGUCAAACCCAUACCUGUGCCCUGCACAAGCCAGAGAUCUCUUGUCGAGAAUGUUGGUAAUUGACCCUGACUUACGGAUAUCUGUCGAUGAUGCUUUGCACCAUCCUUACGUUCAUGUAUGGUUCGACGAAUCUGAAGUUUAUGCCCCUCCGCCAGAGCAGUAUGAUCACUCCAUUGAUGCUGUAGAUCAUACUGUUGAAGAAUGGAAAGAAAUCAUAUUUAAUGAAAUCAUUUCUUAUGAGCAAACACAUAACACCAUGAGCGCCACCCCGGAAUCUACGGAAGAACCAAAUUAG